CCUCCCGGGUCCCCCCGGCCGGGACCCCGGCGGGCCCUGAGCCCCGAGCCCCGGCCCGCUCCCGGAACCCCGAGCCCCCGCCGCUCCCCGGAGCCCGCCGCCCAGCCCGCGGGAGGCCAUGGAGCGGCGCGGCCCCGUCCACGCGCUGCCCGAGGAGAUCCGCAAGAUGCCCCGGGACCAGACGGUGUGCAAAUACUGCGGAGUCAGCUACCUGACGCUGCACGAGUUCAAGGUGAUGGAGGACAAAGUGAAAGCAAUGGAGAAGGAGAUCAAGGUUUAUAAGGGCAGCCUAGAACGGGAGCAGAGGCUUCAGGCAGAGUUGCAGGCUCUUCACCACGAGCUGGAGCGCUGCCGGGCUGAGAGCGAGUCCAAGACGGAAAGGAUAAAAACCCUGACAGUGGAGCUGAAAACCAAGCAGGAGGAGAUGAAAACUGUGAAAGCUGAUUUGCAGUAUUUCCAGGAGGAGAAGGAAGCUGCCUACAAGCAGUCACAGGUGCUCAGAACUACCUUGGAGCACCAUUGCUCCACGCUGAGCAAGGCUGUCUCACUGUUCCCUUUCAUUAGGAGUGAAUUAGACAGUAUUAAAGAGGUCAUCUCCACCAACAUGGAGAGCUUUGCUGCCAUGAAGGAGGAAAUUUUCCGGCAAAUAAAAGCCAUGAGCAAAGAAGCUCUGACAGAAAUACCCAAAUUGAACCAAAGACUGGCCAAAUCCCAGCGGGAGAACGAGAGCCUGCAGGAGAAGGUGAAGCACCUCACCGAGGUGGCUGACACAGUUGAGCUGAAAACUCAGCAGCUCCAAACUUCCCUCCAGCAGGGCAACGAGCUCCAGAGCCGCUGCCGUGAGCUGCAGAAGGAAACUCUGGAUUUAACAAAUCAGGUGGAGACAGCUGGCCUGCAGCUGCAGAAGGUGACAGCAGAGAUGGAGCACUACAAGAAGCUGUUGCUGGUGAAGUCAACAGAACUUGAUGUCUGUCAAAACGAACUGAAAAAGAUCAAAUAUGAGAAUGGAAUUGCUGAGUCCAGACUUACAAAAGAGCUGAAGGAAAAGGAGGAAUCCCUUCUUGUUUGCCAACAAGUCUGCAAACAUUUGCAGGAGGAGGUGGCUGAGAAAGAGAGGAGAGAAGAAGAUCUGAAAAGAAGAACUGGGAGAUCAGAGAGUGAGCUGGAAACCCUGAAAGCUCUGCUGGGCCAAACAGAGCAGGAGGUGCUGAUGCUGAAACAGGAAAGGGAGCUGCUGAAGAGCAGGACGGAGCAGCUGCAGGAGACACUGAGGCAGAAGGUGCAGAGUGAGGACUCCUGGAGGGACAAGCUGGAGAUGGACCUGGCCAAAGGGGAGGCUCGGCACAAAGAAGCAAUUCUGAAAGUCAGGGAAGAGGCCAGAGUGGAGCUGGAGCUGGAGAGGCAAAAACAGCAGGAGCUGAUCACAAAGUACCAGAGAGAGCACGAGGAGCUCCAGCAGAAGAUCCCAGGUUUAAUAUCCAGUGCCACCAAGAGCUUGAGGAUGGAGAUGGAAAUUCUGGAGAAGAAGCUCCAAGAUGCCCAAAUGAAAGUGGCAGAGAAGGAUGGAGACAAGGAAAAAGAAAUCCAGAGCCUAAAAAGGCUCAUCAGUGAGCUUGAGUUCCAGCUGACCAUGGAGAAGAGCAACAAUGAAUCAUUCCUGGAUAAACUGAGGAAAGAAAUUAAGCACAAGUCAGAUGAACUGGAAAAAUUAACCCAGGAGAAGACACAGCUGAUUCACAGCUUGAGUCAAGUUCAAGAGGAGAACUCGGUGCUGCAGGACACGGUGCGCCGGGAGUGCGAGGAGCGCUUCGAGCUGACGGCGGCGCUGGGCCGGGCCCGGGAGCAGGUGCUGGAGCUACGGCGGCUCAGCGGGGCCCUGCCGGGCUCGCCGCGCUCGCUGCCCGCCGGCGACCUGCGCCUCUCGGGGAGCCUGGGCACGGCCCGGGCUGCCCGCGGCCCCGGCUCCGGCCGGCACGGCGGCGGCAGCGCCGCCUCCCUGGAGCCUCCCAAGGCAAGGGCGGCCCCGCCGAGCGAGCCCCGGGGCCGCGGCCCCGCCGGGAUGAGGCACCGGCCGAGCCAGCUCUGACAGCUCCGCCCGGAAACCAUUCCAGCAUCCAAAGGAACGCUCCCGAACUCAUCCUACAAUUUAAAAUCCAGUUAAAUAUUUGUUUAUUUUUGGUGCAGUAACUUUUAUCCGUCCGAUAAUUUAUUCAUGGUGUAAUUAAGUGCUGGGCGCAUUUCAAGAUGGGAAAAGUGAAAAGAGUCUCUCCAAGAGGAGCACAAAGAGCAGCACAUCUUCAAUGAGUGGGAUUGAAAUCAGAAAAUCCCUGGAUCCCAGAAGGUUUGGGCUGGAAAGGACCUUAAAGUUCAUCCCAUUCCAAUGUCCUGGCCCUGGGCAGGGAAUAGUGGCCCAGCAUCACAGGAUCCAGGAGGGAUGGGGCUGGGAGCAGCCUGGGACAGGAACUGGAGGAGCUUUGAGGUCCCUUCCAACCCAAACCAGUCUGUGAUUCCAUGAUUCCAUCAUCUCACACCUGGGCUCUUAUCUCCUGUUUGUGUCCUGGGGCAGCAGCUGCAGCAAAGGGGGAGCGUGGCCAGGGAGGAACAGCACGUAAAAUAAAAACAGAUAAAAUAAAAUAAUGGGAGCAGGAACAGGAUCACGGCUCUGGCACAAGGGACUGGCCAGGUCCUGGAGCCAAACCAAGUCCAGAGCAAAUAUUUCCCUUCUCUCCCUUCCUCCCAGAACCCAGAGCUCCUGCUGCUAAGCAAUAAACAAAAUAUGGAAAUGUCAGGGACCCUAUUUUGCCGGCUUUGCAAACAAUUUAAUGAAUCUCACCAUGUCAAGGAAAGUUUACCAAGUGUUUUCCAUGGUGGGACGACAGGCAGAGCACAAAGUGCCACGGAGGACGCGGACACCUCAUUACAGCCCUGAAAUUUUAGGAAAUCAAACUUGCUGCAGGAAGUUCUUGUAGGGGUGGUGUCAGGGACCUUGCCCUGCAGGACUUGUGGCACGAGGCAAAGCCAAACAAAGCUCCAGGAACAAACCUGUCCCUGUGGGCAGCGUUCCAGCCCUUCCCUUGGAGCAAACACCCCAUGGCACGGGGCUGUCCUGUCCUUCCCUGCUGGAAAGGCUCACACUGCCCUGGCAGAGCUGGGGAGGUGCCUGCUCUGGAGAGAGCUCCUGCAGCCCUGACCCUUUCCAGAAAGGAUCAAACCCCUGUGCCGGGGAAUGGGGCUCGGUGGGCUGGGCUGGUGCUCUGUGUGAGCCCCAGGCACAUCCCUGGUGUCACCAAACCACUCAGCCCUGACCCUUUCCAGAAAGGAUCAAACCCCUGUGCCGGGGAAUGGGGCUCGGUGGGCUGGGCUGGUGCUCUGUGUGAGCCCCAGGCACAUCCCUGGUGUCACCAAACCCCACCUGAGUGACCCUGCCAGGAGGGUGGGCAGGGGAUCCAUCCCUGCUCCCAGGGGACAAAGGGACAGCACAAGAGGAGCCCUGGAAUCUCAGUCAGUGCCUCAGCGUGGCUCAUCCUUUUCCCACCUGAAGUUGCCCAAAGUGUAAUGUUCUCCACAGAUGAUUUGAUGGAGAGUCCAGCCCCUGUCUGGUCCUGCUGCUCCUCCAGCAGAAAUUGGGAUCAGCAGUGGCCACGCACAGCUUGCCAUGGAUAUCACUUCAUUCCCACUGGGAUAUCACAAACCAAAGCUGGGAAGAUCACUAGACCUUGCUCUGAGGUGUGUGUAGGAUCUGGGAUCCCGACUGUGCCUUGCAGAUGGAGUUUUUCUACAAAAGAAGAAAUUGGACUGCAGGAAAAAGCAUCUUAGUUCCUAAGCAGUGUUAAAAGUGCAUGGAAAUAGAAACUGAUGCCACAGAUCAUUAAAAUGUAUUAAUCAGAAUAAAAG